CGGAUACUCCCCGAUAUUCCCCCCGUUUAAGCCAUGUUUCCACAAGCCGAGCUGGAGAACUACAAGCUGCAGGUGGAGCUGCUACAGGAGAAGCUGCAGCGCAGCGAGGAUAAUCGCCAGCAACUGGAGCACAAGUUGGAUAAGGUCCUGCAGAAGCGCAGCGAGCUCGACAAGUCGGUGCGCCAUAAGACCCGCCAAAAGUACCAGGAGUUCCUGGAGGAGCAGGCCAAACGCAACGAGCGCAACAAAAAACUGGUCCACAUGCUGGAGCGCAUCGAUGAGCAAACGGCUGCCAUGUCGCAACGAAGCGAGCGGCUUAAAAUGAUGAAG